AUGUUUGACGAACUUCAGGCAUUAGAGAAAACUCAUACUUGGGAUCUGGUUGAUCUUCCUCCUAAAAAGAUACUGAUUGGCUGUAAAUGGGUGUACAAAAUCAAGACCCGUUCUGAUGGAUCUAUUGAGCACUAUAAAUCUCGAUUUGCAGGCAAAUGGUACAUGAAGGAGUAUGGUAUUGACUAUGAUGAAACGUUUUCUCCUGUGGCACGUCUCACUUCUGUUCAUAGUCUGUUGGCCAUAUUUACAGCUAAAUGUUGGAAAUUGCAUCAGAUGGAUGCCGAGAAUUCCUUUUUCAAUGGUGAUUAA